CUUCAACCAAUAGCUGUGUUUACCAGUCAAUUCGUCUUCCACUCUACAAAGUUUCUGACCUAAAUUUACAUCGGAAAUAAAUGUGCAAUUUCUGGUUUUGAUAUUUUAUAAAGCCUUGUGUAAGUAAUAAUAAAAUAUUAGACCAUUUGUUGACAAAUCUGAUACUAAUCUAGCAAUACUUUAUUAUGCAUAUAACGUGAAUGCUCCAGACUCCAGGUGUGAUUUGACAGUUAACUAACUAAAUAUUAGCCAAACAUUUUUAAUUCCCCGUUUCCACCUCUACUUUCACGUCUGACAACAAAUGAACACACCACUUCCUGAUUCGCUUUGUCUCAUGGGCGUAAGAUAUAAUAUAUAUAUAUAUAAUCUAUGCAUUGAUGAAAAAAUAACUGGUGCUUGUUUUAUAACACUUAGGACUUCUAAAAAUAAGCUUUCUUAAAUUCUUUUACGAGGACACAUUCACUAUUCACAAAAACUUUAAAUAUUAUGUAAUAGUUAAUAUAGGGCAACUGUACAGUUCAGUACAGUUGUAGCCCCGACAGUGGUGACUGAGUCAAUCAUCAAUGGUUAAUUAAAUACUCUUAUUAGUAAGCCUACUCAUAUAAGUGUCAGUGUACUGACUACUGUCCAGACAUAAGUUUUUGACUCAAUGAACCACCAGGUCCAACUAAAAUUAGUAGAAAACUCGCAUUCAGAACUCAAGUCAAAAGCCUUUUUUCAACAUUAACAUUGUGACUGUCUUUGAAAUCAUAAAAUUAUUAUGCCAUAUAUAAUAUAAUAUUUCAAUGGAAUUUGCUUUAAAAAAUUUCUUUCCCAAAAUUUAACUUACAUUCCAGUUUUAGACAUUUUCCUUAUUUGCCUUGAAAGUUGUGCUUGAAAAUUCUGCUCUGUAGGUCCUAUGUUAUACUACCAAUGCUAAUGUCUUCUUUGAAUUGGAGCGAGAAAUCUCAGUAAAUCUGGUUUCAACUUUUAAAAAAUGUUUGAAAAGAAUGUCAAUUUUUUAUUUAAAUUUUGUUUAAAAUACAAACAUUGUAUUUCUUUUAUAGAUUUGUAUUUAAAAUCAUAACGUCUAGCUAUUUUAAAAUUAAGUGUUAAACAUGAUUAACUUUGGAAUACAAAGUCUUCUUUCUGAUAAAAUAAGUUUUAACAAUUGUAAAGAUUGAAGAUGAAAGCAACAUUUCUGGCAUGAUUAUCAAAUUGUCCUAAAACAAUUAUUACAUAUUUUUAAGGAUAAGGGGCUCAUUAUCAAAAGAAAAUGUUUGUGUGGAUAAAAGGACGAAUUAUACAAUUUUUACAAUCAUAAAUGUGGGACCUGUGUUCAAGCUGUGUGAAGUAAAUUAAUAGUGGCACAAGAUAUGUUUUGGCUUGAAAAUAUUUAAUGAUGCCCUUGGUCUUGAAAUAUGAAAUUUAAUUUGUUCGUGUCACAUGACAAGUAGGCCUACUGCAUACAGAUUUAGUAAAACUUAACAAAAUUUCAAUUUUUAGUUUUAAGUCUCUGCUGUUUCUUGUUUCAUAUUGCCUGCAGAAGGAGACAUACAGCCAAAACGUUUGUUUAACGGUCCUGUAUUUUCUUUUCAAUCUUUAUUGACAUACGUCUCUUUUAAAAACAAUAUAAAGUAUGAUCAAUGUUGCACCAGUAAGUCAAAUAUCUUAGUUAACACAGCCAUUGUGAUUAAUUAAAUAGACCUGAUCUACGUCUACUUCAUACAUAAAUUGUCUUAUAGCUAGAGCAAUACGUUAUUUUAAAACUUUUUUCUACUCUUAGGAUUCACAUCAUAUUGAGUAUGCUACCCUUUCGGUAGCUUUGGUUUCAUCCAUUCACUUUUAGAUUUAAAUAAAACAUUUUAACAGCUGACAAAAACUUAUUUGUGACAAACAUAAUGGGGAUUCCCCUAUACUUUCCCAUGCUUAUUUCGAUUACUAUAAGUCCUAAAACCAAUUGCUAACCAAACUAUUGUACCCUAACUCAGAAAGUUGACCAUGCCUUAAAGUUAAACAGGUCAGAUUAGGUUCCAACUAGUUUCACGAUUGUACACAACCACCAUAAAGCUUUUGUGCAAAGGGGUGGGUAAGGGCUCCCAGAGGCUCACAUGCCAGGUUAAGAAUGUAGAAACCCACCAGAUUUGAAAAGAGGGUCACACAUCCACUGUAUUCACCAACCCCUGCCCUAGGCUGUGUGUCAUGCAUGACUGGUUGCAAAGCUACUACUUUGUGAGGAAUGAAUGUGUAGCUGGUUUAGGUCUGUUACCUCUGUCUCUGUUAAACCAAUUUGUUGAAUAAUUUCUGCAAAUCUGUUUAAGUCAUGAAAGCUAGAUAUUUUUUCUGUCUUCUUCCAUUUUUUUAAGGUGGGGGUAUUUUUGAGUUCACCUUGCAUAUGUUUAAAUUAAAGUUAAUAUGCUAUAAUUAACUGUCCUUGCUAUGACAUCUCCUCCUGCUUUCACCCUUAUAGGGACUAUUAACUAUUUAUGGUCAAAUACACCAAGCCAAAUUGACUACUCAUUAUGUCGUUAUCCAUUAAUUUGUGAUCAGAUAUCCUAUUUAUUAUUUAUAGACUGUUUUAAUUGUAAGAUAUAUCCAACUUUGGCUACAGUUUACUGUCUGCAUUUGGAAGCUGUUUCAUAUGGAAAAUAAUCCUUUGUAUUUUGCAAAAUCUUUUUCUAACACUUUGUAAAGGAGCUACAAAUGAUGUAAUUCAUCUGAAAGAAAGAACACAAAUUCACAUAUAACAUAGCUUUUGUUAUUUAAAUAUGAUAAUUUCUUUACCCACUUUAUAGUAUUUAGAUAGGAUUUUAAAAUUUAAAAGGGAACAAUAAAAAUUAAUUGUGUAAGUAGCAUAUAAAAUAUAUUAUUUUCUCUUUUCAGAAAGCUUGCUGAUCUAGGGGGGAAGAAAGGGAUUGUGUCUAAACUUGUGCAAUGAUUUAGCAAUCUCUUUUUUAUAACUAAGGAUCACUGUUAUAAUGGUGCCUUCAAGUUUCUUACAAACACAUAUUUUUGGCCUUUCUUCAUAAGAUUAAUUUAUAAUAACUGAGUUGCAAUCUUUGUGCAUCAUUCAACAUGAUUAUUCCACAACUCCUGCACAUUUGUGUUGCUCUGAUUGCUUGGUGUGGAUCAGGAAUUUUCUUGGCAGAGGCAGCACAAAAAUACAGUGGUAAAUCAAAAUUUAUUUUGUUAAAGUAGUUUACAUUUUUACAAACAAUACCCAAAAGACAUGUCAAUUUUUAAUAAUGCAAUUAUUAUUGGAAUGUGAUAGGUACAGUUGAAAACAGUUCCUUAGUAUUGUAAAUUUUGUAAGUAAAGCUUUUAAAGGUGAGCGAAGGUGAUAGUUUCCAUUGAAUAAUCGUGAAAAAACCAUUAUAUUCAUGAAAGUGUUGUUUAUAUUACAGUGGAUCUAUCGGGACCAGGCUGUGAUAAUGCUGAUGGCUACUAUCUAAGAGAUAUGGAUGAUAUUGCGUCAGUAUUCUCCAUACCACAGUACAAUUCCAUGGCCACCAGAGACCAUUGUGAUGUUGUCAUAAGAGCAGAUGAAGGUCGCAGGAUACAGUACUUGAUUGACAUGAUUAAGUUUAAUGAAUGUGGAGUUGAAAUUUACAUUUUUGACAAUCCAUCCAUUGACAGCAAUCCAAUAGUGAGUUAUAUGCCAUUUGCUAACUCUACCACAGACUUUAUUCCAUUACUAAAUUGUAUUUUAUUUGAUAAUCGAUCCACAGAAAUUAAGUAAAAAACGUAAAUAAUUUUUUAUUUUUUUUUAAAAACGGAGUUUUAAAUUUAAUAUAAAAAAUCAUUUUUGUUGCAAACAUUGAGUGUAAAGAAAUUUUUAAAAAAUCACUUCCGUCCCUGUGCAGGAUGUGACACUUAAUGACCCAGAAAGUGAGUCAUUUCCAUAAUUAGAUGAACUUUCAUCUUAAUAUAUUAUUCUCUGGGUCCCAAGUUUGUGGUUUCAAUGAAAUUUUAAUAUGUUAAUAAGUCAUGACACAUAAUAUGACAAGCUGGUGGUGAUUGGUGUCAUUUUUAUAUAAAUAGCAUUGCUUUGAGAUCUCUUAAAAUAGAUGAACUUUCAACUUUUAUUCCUCACUGUUAACAUCUUUAGUUAUAGAUAAAAAUAGUGCAAACUGUUCAAUUGAUUAUUUUUUGUUGUUUCCCUUUUUACCUCUUGUCUCUUUUGUCUUGUUCAGCACUUGAUAAAAUGUUCUGAUGGCAGCAAACCACCUAUAUAUGGAAAAUCAAAAUACAACAUCAUUCGCAUCAGGGUUAGGAAGGCAACACCUCAGUCCAGAAUUUUUGAAUUUAGAAUGCAAUUAAAGAAUGAUUUAGGUAGGAUCACACUGUUUCAUCUAUUUAGUCAGAGUGAGAGAUUUUGUUCAAUUGUUUAGUUAUAAUUAAUGCAUCCGCAUAAAUAGAAGUUUAAAGAAUAAGCUUUUACUAUACAUACAUUUUGUUAAAAACCUUAUUUGAUUCCCAUUUAUGCCCUGACAUUGCUUGUUGUUCAAAUUAAACACAAAAUUUUAUAAUGUAUACAGGACCAACCUUGCAAUUCGAGAAUGCAGCAUCACAAUAUGUCGCAGAUGUCCUGGAACCUGGAGCCAUUGCUGGCAUUGGUGUUGCUGGUGCAAUUCUUGUGAUAGCUUUGAUUCUCUUGGCUAUCUACCUUUGUAUUCGAGGACGCAGCAGUAACAUGGAUAAAGAUGGAGUCAGCACGUAUGGGAAUUCUAGCGUGCAAACAUCUGGUAGAGUUGAGCUUCCAAAUUCUUCAGUAAAUAACUCUCAUCAUCAUUAUGUGCCUUUUGCUUGUUUUGUCAGCACCAUUGUUUGCUACAAAGCUCUAGGUUUUUGGUAUUUCUCCUUAUACAAAGCAAAUGGAAUGAACUGUUGAAAUUAAAUGUCUUUUUAUUUGAAGGUUAAUUGUAAAAAGCAUUGAUUAAAUUUAGUAAUGCACCUCAUAACAAAUAGAAAAUGAUUUGUAUUUUUGUUUAUCUUUAUAGACACUCAAAGGUUUAAAAAAAUAUGAUUAGUAAAUGACAGGUUAUAAAUCCUUUGUUUCCUUGGUCUUUUGACAAUAAAAUUUGUAUUAUGUUUGAUCAAUUUCUUUUAAAAAUUGGUUGGGAUACUAUUUCUUAAUUAAUACUGUUGAUUCUGGCUAGUUGUCAAUGUUUCGAAAUUAUUUGAAAUUGACCUUUCAAAAUAAAAAGACUUUUGAUCCCUUCAACAUUAAAAAAAUUUCAUAUUGAUUCUUAUUCUAUACCAAAUUAACCCAGCUAAAAUGAAUACUGGCAAAAAAAAUUUAUAUAAUUCUCUCCCUCUAAGAACCUGCUUUUCAGUUUACACUGAAAUAAUUCUACCAUAAUUUCAGAUUUUUUAUUUAAAAGCCUAUGAAAAUUGUCCAUUUUCUGUUGUUGAAUAUUUUAAAUUGUUCAUUAAUACAGUAUACUAUAUUACCGUAUUUUACGGACUAUAAGACGCACCUUAAUUUUUAAGCAAUUUUUUAAAAAAAUAACAUUUUUACAAUUUUAUAUUAAUUUCGAGAAUAAGACGCACCUGAAAAUUCAAAGAAAAAAUUGCGUCUUAUAGUCUGUAAAAUAGGGUAUUUGAUGCAGUUGUGUCUGGAGAAAGAAUUAUAUGGAGAUUAAAUAGAUCAAAGGACACAGAAUAUCUGUAUCACACACCAUAUGCAAGAAAUAUCUUCAAACUUUUAACAAAAUGAUUAUAAAUAAAAGAUGAGCCUUACCAGAUAAUUUUUGAAAAAGCAUAAAUACUUUUGGGCUAUCGUUUAUUCCAAAUUAUUUGGUCAUUUGGAUUUCAAAUAAAAUUCAUUAGUCAAUUAAACACUAUUUUUAGUGUUCUGUACAUUUGUUUUUUUUCAAAUAUACAUAUAUAUGUUUAUUUUAGUUUAUCUAUUGGUAUUGACAUAACUAUGAAGCUCUAAUAUAAUUUUUUUUCUUUUUAAGCCAAUUCAAAAGUCCCCUUUACCCAUGGAUCAAAUCAUCAUCCCAAAGGAAAGUAUGGAUCAACGGAGGAUAUUAGAAGCACCUCGUCCUCACAAGACAAGGCGAAUGGAGCCUACUCCAACCCAGCCUACACCCAGGGACCCAACGAGGAAAGGUCUGAGCGAUCGGCGUCGAUCAGGCGAAAAAAUGGCAAGACCGGCUUCACAAAUGAGGCCUACGACCAAGAGGUCAAUGGAAGAGGAGAAUUAUCAUUCGAGAAGGAAACACCAAAUAUAAGGGGUUCCUUUAGGAAAUCUCGCAAAGAUGAGUUUGAUACUGGGAGCAAGAAGCAAUUGAAAUCCGCAAUGAAGAAACAGCCAACAGAAUUUGAAAUGAACAAAGUAAAUCCUCAGCCUAAUGGAAUUUUAAAAACACGACAACAUUCGCCAAAUAGAUCACAGACUUCAUCUAAUGAAGGCUCCAUGGAUACCAACACAAUGAUCCAUGGCUACAGCCACACAGGAAAAGAAUUACCUUAUGUCACACACAAACCUGUAAUUGAACGCAAAAGGUCAAGGUCUGGGACACGGUCCCACAGAUCAGGCUCAUCUGGUGGCCAUGGAUCUGUCAGAGGUCGUAGAUCCCAUUCAGAAGACAAGAAACCUCCAAAAGGUGGCCGCAUGUAUACUGAUGUGUUUAUAGAUGAUAGGAGGUCAAGAAGUCGUAGUAGUGGUAGGAGGGCCCAGUCAACUGGUACACGAAGCCACCGCAGUGAUAAAACUGACCGCACUAGUGACUCUUUAGAUAGUGAAUCUUCCACAACUUCCCACUCCAGAAAAGUUAGCAUGAACCCAGGAGGCAAACGAGUCCACAUUAAAGGAGAAGAAACAGAUAUUUGACUUUUUUCCCAACAGAUUGAGAAUAAUUAGCUCUUUGGGUUCUGAAUCUUGCAAAUGUGAAAAUGUGCACAUUUUAUUUCUCAUAUAUAAUGGAGAGCUAUGUGGCAGGACUGUCUGAGCGUAAAGAUAUACAGAGGAAAGAAUUAUCUUUUCUUCAAGACAAGAUUUUUUUGCUUCAUUACUGAAUCUGUAAAUACAUUGUCCAAAUUUAAAAAAAAUUAUUCUUGUAAAAAGUUUACUUGUAUAAAGAAAUGUAUGUUUUAAAAAAAAUUAUGCUUCAUAGUACAUUAAAUCUGGCUCAACAUUCAGUGACUAAGUUUAAAAGUUUGUGCAAAUAGAUAAGUGCCAAGUCAAUUAAGUAUUUGAAAAAAUUAACUCUUAAGCUUAACUGCUAUAAAAUAUAUAAAAAUUGUAAAAAUGUAUGCAAUGCAGUGGAACCCCUCUAAAACGCGAUGAUUGGGGUCCAUAAAAUUGGAUCGCGUUAAAAGCGGGAUUGCGUUAAUGCGCGGUUUUACAAUAUUUAACUUUUUUCCGAGAACAUAUACGUGUAUAUAUGUACAAUGAUCAAAAGUCGGCUUAUCAUCAGAUGAAUAUUAACUGGAAUGCAUUAAUUAAGAUAUAUUAAAAAUAAUCCAUGGCUAAUAUAUUUAUAGGUUAUUACUGUGCAUUUACCAAUUUUUAUUUGUUUGAACGAUAAUGGAUAACAUUUUGGGAGCCAUGCUACAAUCGCGUUAUAUCCGAAUUCGUGUUAUGGCGGGGCGUGUUAUAGCAGGGUUCCACUGUAUUUCAAAAUUAAGGUACAUUUUAAACUGCUAUCCUUUUGUAAACAUGCUAGACAAGUUUGAAAAGUAAAACUAUUUAGGGAAAAAUAAGAAAAUAUUCUCCUUCUUUUAAAUAUUUUUUUUUCUAAUCAUAUUGUAAAGUAAAAAGUUUAAAAAAAAUUUUAUUACUAAAAUGUAAGAUAUUAAAGGCUUAAUAUUUUUAAUUCCUUAACAAAUCCAAAAUUUAGUAAAAAAUGUAUAUGAUAAUUUUAGUGGUACUUAGGCAUAAGGCAUAUUAUAUAAAUAGUGUUUUUAAUCAAUAUCAUUUCUUGUAGCUAAGGUUAACAUAUUUCACAAAAAUGCUAAUGAAUACCAGUUUCCCCUGCAUCAUUUAUGUUCAUGUGAUAUGAUAUUCCCUAUUUAUGUCCAGUUUCUAAAAAUUACCUUGUUACAAGUGGCAGCUAAACCUACGGUAAUUAUUUUAGAUUUCUAGAUUCAAUAUCAAUAAUUUCCUAAAAAACUGGCUUGGCCAAGUAAUUAGUUGAGUGCCUUCUAGCAUCAUAAACUAAGUUGUUCUGGCUUAAAACAAUACCAAAGUAAAUCUGUUUUUUAUGUGGUUAAAUUAAAUAGUAAAAACACAUCUGUGCAUAUUUUUCUAAGUGAUAAUUAUAAAACAUAUAUCAGACUUACUUUUAUACUGAUCUGAAUAUAUUCUACAGAGCUCAUAAUUAGUUCACUUACCAGAGAGCCACAGUACAAAAUGAAUUUGAAGACAUGAGCAUAAUAAAUAUAAUGGAUUAAGAUUUAUGAUAAAACUUUGCUGUACUUAUUCCAGAUAUUGGCUUAUCGUGUACAGUUGUUUUAUUUUUCUCCAGAGCGCAAUUUAAAAAGAGAUGUUAUAAAUGAUUUGUUAAAACGCAUUUCUUGUUUAGGUGAACCAAGUGUAAAACACUUAUGUUCAUUAUUUUUUUGUAAUGUAUUAAUUUACUGCCCUAAAUGAGAAAUUUAACUGGCCCCGGAGACACAAGCUCAUCUUUUAGCUGAGUGCUCUGCACUUCAUGUUGCGGGAGAGUCCAACAUUACAGCGAUGUUAUAUGGCAUUGCUCAGCAGAUGGAGCUGGUUUCCAAUGUUCUAGCUAGGGUUUAAAAAAAUGAGAAUUUGUUUUAUAAAGUAUAAUGAAAUCAAGCAACUAUUAACAUCAUGUGGAAAAAAUUGUUUAGAUCUACCUCUAAAGUCAGCAGAACUUGUCACCUUUAGGGAGGUUUCACUUAAAUGCUGAUACUAUUCAUGGUGCAUAAAACACUUUUUUUUGUUGUAAAAAUGUGGAUGAUCCAAUAUUUAUUGCAUCUGUAUAGAAGUAGAAAACUUGAGAACAUUCUUAAAUGGCAUUUUUAUUUCUGGGAGCAAAGUUUGAACUUCAGAUACAUUCCAAUACUGUUUAGUUGAUGAUCCAAGAAAUGUUUUUCAUUCUAUAAUCUGAAAGUGUGCUUUAUAUUUUAAACUGGCAUGAAUUGCUCAUUUUAUUAAUAUCAAUUAUAUUUUUCCUUCAUAUUUCCAUUCUUUAGAGACAAUAGAAUCAAUAAAAAGGUCUCUCCUUGUUCACUCUGCACACUCCAGUUAAGAAUAAAGCAAUAAUAAUUUAGAAGAAUAAUAGCAAUCUUCUUCUUUGAUGAAAUUUUGUUUCUGAUUCUAAAUAAUUAAUUUCAAACUAGAUCCAACAUGGAUACUCAAUGUGAGGUCAUCCUCACAGGUGAUUGUUGAAAGACAUCUACUUCUUCAAUUAUUGUACUUCAAAUGUUAAAACAUUGUCUAGAGUUGACACUCAAUAAAUAACCCCAAAAAUUGUGAUACAUAAAAUGACAUAUUUCAAUAAGUGCAAAUGAAAUUUAACACCAAGAAACAUGCUUCCUACAUUUUGCCAUUCUUUGACAAACUCCUCAUAACCUACUGGCUACAUCCAAAACACAAAAACACAAUGAACGAAAACCUAGAAACAAAGUUUUGAAAUAAAACUUGACAGGAAAACACACCUAGGAAACAAACUAUGCACAGUAAUUCCAAUUUUUUAAAUGAUGCAAUUUUUCUAUGGAAAGCUCUAUUAUGUUGGUUUAUUGAUUGGUUAAAAACUUACUUUAUAAAUAUUACUUUUUGCAGAUGAAAUUUUCACAAAAGAGACCUUCCACUAAAAAUUAAUUUUUGGUUCUAUGUAUUUGAUGCAACCCACACUGUUUUAAUAUCGUUAUAUCAUUAAGUUCCAGAUGCAAUUUUUGUUUUCAUAUUUUUAAAGUUCAUUACAAAAAAAAAAAAAAAAAUUUUUUUUGCAAAAGAAAUUUUCACAAAAGAGAACUUCCACUAAAAAUUAAUUUUUGGUUCUAUUUAUUUGAUGCACCCCACACUUUUUUAAUAUCGUUAUAUCAUUAAGUUCCAGAUGCAAUUUUUGUUUUCAUAUUUUUAAAGUUCAUUACAAAAAAAAAAAAAAAAAUUGGUCUAUUGUUUCAUAAUGUAUCUAUAUCUUCUAUGAUUGCUGUAAUAUUGUUGUUCUAUAACCAUAUUUAUUGCCAGGUUUCACAUAUGACGGAUUUACAGAAAUUUUCAGUUAUAAGUACCAUAUUAAAAAAUUACAUCUGAAAAUGUUGCCGUAAUGUUUGACACCUUUGUGCAAGACCUUAUUAUAGAUCUAUGUUUGAGCGAAGUAAUGUUGAAUUAUGCUGUCUUGCCUAAAAAGCCUAUAAAUUUUCUUCAUGGUCUGAGAAAUUUUUAAUAUCAUGUCAUGUUUUUUUAAAAGAAAAAUUGUAUUAAGGACCAUCCCCGACUGAUUUCAUUCAUCUUAGGGAGAGAGGGGGUCAGGAAUAAAGUGACAAUGUAUAACUUUUGUGAUUUGGUGGUGGGGUGGGGUGUAAAAAUCGUCCAAAAAUGGCAUGACACCAUCUGGCUAUAAAAAAGAAAAUGAUAUUCCCAGCUCCCCUUCUUUCACCAACUCCACUUAUUCUUAUAUAUAUAUUUAGAGCAUGGAUUAAAAUUAAAUUACUUUUUCUUAAAAAGUUAAUGGAGAUCAGUGAUACUUUUUAAAAUCUUUAUCUUUCAAAUUUAUAAUUUUAAAAAACAAAUUCAACUUUUGUUUUUAGAUAAAUGAAGUAAACGUUGACAUUUUUUUAAAAAAUAGGAACAACAUAUUUUUAACUAUUCCGAAUUGUUUAAAAAUAAAAAGAAAUUGUUCCCUAUUUUAAAAUUAAUCAUAGAAAAACAACUUCAACGUGCAACAAUAAAAAUAAAAGCAACUCUGAAUCAAACAGAAUAUUAUGAUUUUUUUUUCCCCAAACCAUAAAGCUUAAUUACACCAGCAACAGACUGCCAAUAUGUCUAUGUAACAAAGUAAACUGGUAGUUUGGUGGAUCGGCAGCUAUCUCAAAGAAAAUGUAUCAGUUUUAUGACAACAAUGAUGUGAUUUUUUAACUAUGACAGUAACAAUUCUUCCAUAAAUUUUGCAUUUGUGCACCACCCCUCCCCCUUUCUUUUCUCUCUUCCCAAAGGCACUUACAGUAACUUACACACACAAUAUCAUAGGACGGCUCCCACUCGUCUACAUUGUACCAUAGGUAAAAUGAAUUACUGUUCCAAAAUAGUAAUUUGUUAGAAACUUUGAUUAAGAUAAAAUUGCGUUUGAAAAUCAUAUGAUUUUAUAAAAAAUUAUUCCAAUUGUUUAAAUCUUUAUUGAUUUCUAUUUUGUAGGUGGUUUUGAUUUUUAUUUAAAGAAGUUUCUUAAGCAAGCUUCUUUAAUUUUAAUGACAGAAGUAGUAUUUCUAUAGGUCCCAAUAGUUCACUGUACAAUUUACACAGCCCUUGGUUGAAAAAAGUUGCUGGAAUUUUUACUAUGAAUGGUCAAGUUUGAUUAGAUAAAAUGUGCACUAUUGAAAGGUCUGGCAGGAUAUUAUUUAUGGUCAAGUUUGAUGAGACUAAUUUAUAGACAAUUAAGUGAAAUAGUUUGUUUUUUUUAGAGUCAAGUUUGAUAUUUCUAUUUUAGUUUCAUGCUAUUGUGUGGACUUUAGGAAGUGGACAAGUUAAAUAUGUUCACAGACUAGAGUAGAAAGUAAAUAAUAAUGUACCAGUAAAAAACGUAACAUUUAUUUUUAAUAAAUGGGAACUUGUGCCCCUUGACAGAUAUGUUCUAUUUGACUUUGACAAUGUAUUUUAAAAAUUGAGUAAAAAUAAGUUUCUUGAGGACAGUAGAUCAAAAGCAUACUUUUAAAAGUAGUUCUGUUGUCAGUUGUCCACUGCAAUCAAGCCCAGCUGCCAGCUUUUAAACAGUAUAGAAUGGCUCAUGAGCCACUCGGCAUACUGAUUUGUAAUAAUUUUGAAGGGUUGCCCUUAUUUUCAUUAACAUCACCAUUAAAAGUUGAGAUUAAAUCAUGAAAUUUUGUCAGUUGUAAACAAAAAGAAUAGGUUAAAACAUUUUCACGUGUUUCUGUUUCAGAUUUUUCCUCUGAUAACAGAACUCCAGUAAUGGCCAUAAAGGGUCUACAUUACACAGGUGAUGAGAAAUGCCAGCAUCAAAAGAUCUGAUCAUAGGUCAAUUCUGUACAUUAAUGUAAAAUCUUUUGUCAUUUUUAAAAAAAAAUGGCAAUUAUUUAUAUGUACAUUUUUUUUUACUUCUAAUAAAACAUAUUACUAAAUAUGUAAACUGCUUCUGAACUCAAUAAGUUAUGCAAAUAUUAUUAUGUACAAUAGAAUAAAAGUAAAUGACAUGUUCUUUUUAAAUGAUUUUGUUCAUUUAAUUUUUUUUAUUAUUUAACAUUGUUAAAUUAACAUUUGUAGCAAUGAAUUUAAUAAAACUUUACAGAUAUUUACUGUUGCUUAUUGCCAUUAUGAAGUUUAAGUAUCUUGACUCACUGCUUGAUAAUUAAGCAAAU